GCUUGGUACGGGACUGUUCCCCUCUCCGGCAGCGCUCCUCUCGGCCCCGCUUGGUACGGGACUGUUCCCCUCUCCUCUCGGCUCCUCUCUGCCCCGCUUGGUACGGGACUGUUCUCCUCUCUGCUGUUCUCCUCCCGGCCCCGCUUGGUACGGGACUGUUCCCCUCUCCGGCUGCUCUCCUCUAGGCCCCGCUUGGUACGGGACUGUUCCCCUCUCCGGCUGCUCUCCUCUCGGCUCCCGCCUUCCCUCGGCCCCCCGGGCACAGCCGCAGGUCUGGGGGGCCAUUCUUGCGCCCGAGGUUGUGGGCGCUUCCAGCCCCGCAUUGGUGGCCUUGAAACCUUCACGGCCCGAGGAGGCUGGCAAGGCCUAUGGAGCCACGAGGGAUUGUCAAAGCCUUUCCCAAGAGGAAGAAGGUGAAGGAUGACUUGGGGAAAAGUGUCCCUCCAAAGAUCCCAAAAGAGGAAGGAAMAGAGAAGAAGGACCAGAACUUACCUGAGGCAGAAUGGCUGAAACCAGUCAUUGCCUACGUGCUGCAAGCUGGCAUUGGCCAGGCGAGGGCUGAGAUCUUCCACAAGCAGAUUGUCCAGAAUGGGGGUGUUGUAUGCAGCCAGCUGUCCUUGGAGGUGACACACGUCAUUGUGGCUGAGGACAUGGACUGUGAUCGCGCCCUCCGGCUCCUCAAAUUAACCAAGCUGCGCCCAGGACUGCAACUGGUGAAGGCAUCCUGGCUUAGUGCUUGCAUUAGAGACCAGAAGCUGCUGAGUACUGCUGGCUAUGGUGUCUUUAUCCCUCCCAGGUACCUGGAGGAUGACGAAUUCCAGAAAGUACAGCAACAGAUCCUGGACAGAUCAAAAAUCCAGCCCCCAGCAGAGGAAGGAGCGGUGAGACUGAAUACYGAAUCACAGGCAGAGGAUUCCUCACAACAUGGCUUGGGCACUCUUGGACAGCAGCAACUGGCUGAGAAAUACUCUGAUGAUGAAGACAGUGAAGGAGAAGAUGCUGGUGUCACCCAGGGAGAUCUGGAAGCUUUGAUUUCUGGCCACUACCCUGUGAAAUYGUCAGAGGAGAUCAGUGACAGCUCUUACACAGUGGCCCAGCCUCCCAGCAAGUGGGUUUGUGCCCAGUCUUCCAACACCAAGAAGGAAAAUCACAACCAAUGCAUCACAGAGAAGCUGGAAGUGCUGGGAAAGGCUUACUCUGUCCAGGGGGACAAGUGGAGRGCUCUGGGCUACUACAAAGCAAUCAAUGCGCUCAAGAGCUACCACAAACCAGUCACUUCCUACCAGGAAGCCUGUAAAAUCCCUGGGAUUGGGAAGCGGAUGGCAGAGAAGAUCCAGGAGAUCUUGGAGAGUGGGCACCUGCGCAARCUGGAUCACAUCAGUGAGAGUGUACCUGUGCUGGAGUUAUUUUCCAACAUCUGGGGAGCWGGGGCCAAGACAGCUCAGAUGUGGUAUCAGCAGGGUUUCCGGACGCUGGAUGACAUCCGCACCAAGGCCACUCUGACCAGCCAGCAGGCUGUGGGGUUGAAGCACUACACGGAUUUCCUGGAGCGCAUGCCUCGGGAGGAAGCUGCAGAAAUAGAGCAGACUGUCAGACAAGCUGCCCUGGCCCUGAAGCCUGGGCUCGUGUGUGUGGCCUGUGGCUCCUACCGUCGGGGAAAGGCCACCUGUGGAGAUGUGGAUGUGCUGGUCACUCACCCGGAUGGGCACUCUCACCGUGGGGUGUUCAACAAGCUGCUCGACAGCCUCCGCAGGAGCGGUUUCCUUACAGAUGAUCUGGUGAGUCAGGAGGACAAUGGAGAGCAGAAGAAGUACCUGGGCGUGUGCCGCCUGCCCGGGCCUUCGCAGCGUCACCGCCGGCUUGACAUCAUCGUGGUGCCGUACCGGGAGUUCGCCUGUGCCCUGCUCUACUUCACGGGCUCGGCUCACUUCAACCGCUCCAUGCGCGCCCUGGCCAAGACCAAGGGCAUGAGCCUGUCRGAGCACGCGCUCAGCUCGGCCGUGGUGCGAGGCUCAGGGGGUGCCAAGGUGUCRUCUGGCCAUACUCUGCCCACUCCCACCGAGAGAGAUGUCUUCAUUCAGCUGGGGCUGCCUUAUCGGGAGCCCUCAGAACGGGACUGGUGACGCUUGGUUGUCAUUCUGGGCUUACUGCUGUGCUGCUGUUUUGAAGGGUGCUGAUUUCUCCAGUGCUGCUCUGAGGUGCCUGCAGGCAUUUCAGCAAACUGGGGCUCCUUGCAAGCAUGAGGCCCUGCUGCUGGCACAGCUCUGUGGCUUCCUCAGAGGCUGUGGGCUGGAACCAUACUGGAAGUGUUGUUUUGGUGCACCUACCAAAAGGGCUUGCUGCCCAUCAGGUACUCUUGCCUUGUUCUCCCCAGCUUUGGAAGACUGGGCUGCAGAGCUUUGUGAUCCAGCCCCAGACAGUGCUUGGGAACAAGGGAAGUGGGAUGCAUCUUCCUCUGUGUCUGAGCACUGGCACUCCAAAAUUUCUGUCCUGAGUUGUGAAUGAAGGCAGCAGGGGUCUAGCAUGGCCCUGCCUUCCCCCUUCUCACUGCUGCUGGCAGCUGCUAGUGCAGGAGUCACAAGGGGUUAACCUGUGCUGUUGCUGUGUCCUUCUGUCUGAGCUGAUGUGUCCUUUAGUGGGUCCCACUGCACAGGGCCAGCUGCUGUGACUGCCACCAGGUCAGGUCAGCCUUGAAAGAGACAGAGGGACCUGAGGUGCUGUGCCUGCUUGCUCCCAUCCUUGUGUGCUGAGGAUCCUCCACAUUCACUGAGAGCUCUGGUCUGGCCCAAGAGCUCCUUUCCUCUUGGUGCAGCAAAGCAGCAGAGCUCACAGCUUGGGGAGCUGUGCUCAGGGAAGAUUUGAAUGUAAUGGCAGUGAAUGUAACCCAGCAGGGCUGUGUGUCUGUCUGCAGGAGGCAUGGAGGCCGAGAGAAAUACAAGGAGAUAGUGAAGUUCUGAUUUGGGCAAAGCAAA